CAUCACAACAAUCGUUCUCGUUAAUGCUAGGCUUCCAUUAAUUCUCUGGUUACUAGCGGUAAGGAUGGUGGUUCGAGGCUGCAGUCAGAUAUGCUGCUCCUAGGCACUUUCAAUCUUGCCCUGCCAUAUAGUAUUGGAAUUGCCGGGUGCCUGGUUACGACUUGAGUCGGAUUGACAUCCUGCAGAAAGUUAAGGUUGCUUGUUUCACCCACCCAGCCCAUUCCCUGGCGUCGUCGACUUCAAUGAUCACUGCACUCAUAUACAUGCUCAGUCGACUGCUGGAGGCAUUGCACAUGGCAAUAGGGUCAUCACAAGGUUCAGGCGAACUUCGGACAGGCAUCAUAAUCAUUGGCAAGACUACGUGCAAAACUCAAAAGGGACCUGCCUUGGACUUUCCCCCACUUUUCAUGGAGCAAACUGCGCUUCAUGAUUGUAGUCAUGCCGCGGGAGAAGUACGACGGGACUGGAUCAGCGGGACGGUGAGCCGAAAUAAAUUACAAAUGUUCAUGGUUCUGCGAGGUUCUGCGCGUAGUAUGCUCUAUGUAGAGCUUCCUCUACGGGUACUGAUUUUGAAAACUCGAGCUCGUUCAUUAUAUAUUGUAAGGCAUUCGUGCCCACAAGGCUUCCACUAUUUCAAAUCAGAUGAGUGGACCAGUUGUCGCGGAUUAUCUGUACUGUUACUAUGAGCUAGUGCGUGUUUUCUCAAGUACCUCUUCUUUCUGACAGGCCAAGUAUCAUUCAGCUGUCGAUCCUAG